UUUACGAGAAUACCCCCUUCCCCUUCCUCUCUCUCUCUCUCUCUCUCUCUCUCUCAUCACACCUCCCUCUCCGCCGCCCCCGCCGCUGUCGCCGUCGCCGUCGCCGUCGCCUCCGCCUCCGCCUCCGCCUCCGCCGCCGUUACCGGAAGAGGAGAGUGGCAAGAGAUCUCUCUCUAGUUAUUUAACUGGAUUUCUGAGUGCAAGAUAUGGGGGAGCAGUCAUUUCUUGAUCGAAUGAUCUCCCAUCUCCGAUCUACCAGCAAGUAUUACACUGGAUACCCUAAGGAUAGAGGGCCAUCUCGGAUUAUUCCUUUCACGUCAGAGCGUCAGUUUGUUCAGUUACUGCACGAAGGUCGCCCUGUGGUCGUUGCAUUUACCAUAAAGUGUCCCUAUACAAAGCAUCUUGACGAAGUGUUGGAGGAUGCUGCUGCUGAGUUUUAUCCGCAGAUAAAGUUCAUUCGCGUUGAAUGUCCAAAAUAUCCCGGAUUUUGCAUAACAAGGCAAAAGAAUGAAUACCCAUUCAUUGAAAUAUUUCACAGUCCCGAGCAGGCAGCUAAUCAAGGGCGGACAGUGGAUCUUAACAUAACAAAAUACUCAGUCAAGGUGUUGCCUUUCAACUACGACCAGAGUGUAUACGGUUUCCGUGAAUUUUUCAAGAGGCAUGGGAUCAGCUACUCUCAGGCCAACUGAAAUCGAGUCUUACGGCAUCUUAGCUCGAGUAGGAUAAUGCACUUCUUCGUCAAAUGUUGUACGGUCGGGAGGAAUUUUGAGUCCAUUGAAUCUUCAAAUGUUCAUUUAGAACAUCUGAAAUAUGUUUGCUGCCGGAAAAAUGCUUUUUUUUUUUGGGCUACUGCUGCUGCUACUGCUGUUGUUUAAUACAGCUAAACUAGAUGGUGUUCAUGUGUUAAAAUAGAUAAAAAAAGAAACAAAGUGAAAAAUGAUAUGUUGAAUCCUAUACUUCCUCUUUAGCUUA